AAAAGUCAUAUGGGGCGGAGCUCAGAUGCGAAUAAAAAGCAGAGCGCACGCUGUCCAGAUACUACUGCCUUCUCAUCAGGUUAGCACUUUCUCUCCUGACAGGUUUUCGUCUCACACUUUGUGAAGUCCGCGUUUCAAAGGCAGCCGGUCUUGAUUUGGUCAAUCCAUCACGCGUCUGUUUCUAGUCCGUUCCUCGCGCCGCUGAAGAUGAGCCGCUCGCGCUGUGUUGCUCUGCUGCUGUUGGUGCUCUGCGGAGCCGCUGAGUUCGCCGAAGCCUGCAGCUGCUCUCCAGAACAUCCUCAGCAGGCGUAUUGCAAUGCGGAUGUCGUGAUCAGAGCCAAAGUAGUCGGACGAAAGGAGGUGGUCACCGGCAAUGAUGCAUAUGGCUAUCCAAUCAAAAUGAUCCAAUAUGACAUCAAACAGAUAAAGAUGUUUAAGGGCCCUGAUGGACAUAUUGAUACCAUCUUCACGGGACCCUCCUCAUCUUUGUGUGGGGUCAAUCUCGAGAGCAAUGGCAAAAAGGAAUACCUGAUUACUGGUAAUAUGGAUUCAAAUGGCACACUGCGGAUAAAUCUUUGCGACUACGUUGAAUCUUGGGAGUCUCUGAGUAUGACACAGAAGAAGAGCUUGGGUCAGCGCUACCAGAUGGGCUGUGAUUGCAGGGUCGUCCAGUGUCCCAUGAUUCCCUGUUCCAUUAAUGACCCCAAAGAGUGUCUUUGGACUGACUGGGUGCUGGAGGGAACAGUUCAGGGGACCCAGGCUCAGCACUACAACUGCAUUAAGAGGAAUGACAGCAGCUGUGCCUGGUACCGUGGAUCUGCCCCUCCAUCAAAAGAGUUCAUGGACAUUGAGGACCCAUAAGCAAGUCCUCAGCUCGAUCACUCAUUCAGAAAAUCCCCCACAACACAGCUUACCUGAGCUUAAACUCACACCUUAACUCUGCAGAUGCAUUCUAGAAAUCAUGAAACCUGUCAAGAACAUGUUUGGAUCACCCCAAAUUCAAAAGAAAAAGAUAAUAUAGAUGGUAAUAUUUUUGUAUGAAUGCAUUCAAAGAAAUAAUGAAUAUUUUAUAUAAAGAAAAUUAAGUUUGAAAGAAUAUAAAAACGCCUGUCCUCCAGAUUUUUUGUUUUUAUUGUACGUAGUGUUUUGAAUAUAUAUUCUCAUUAUUGUAUUACAGUAUUUAGAUCAUAGAGAAUUACAAACAAACUAAUAAGUAAUACAUCCGAGCACUUCCGAUUGUUAUGCUGGAAAUAUGUUGUAUAUUUUUCUUUUGAUUUUAGGGUGAAUUAUGGGGAAGUAAUUCUGUAGCAUGAAAGGAUGCAUACAUUUGGUUGCAUGUUAUUACAUCAAUUAAAUCAUACCUCUAGUGUAUUUUUUAUGACAGGCAUAAAAGUUCUCUUAAGCACUUUGAGAACGUUGUGAAUUGUUUGUGUAAUAUUUUUUGCCAAUAAAGAGGAAAUCGGUUACAA